UUGGCCCUUUUUAUCCAAUUGAUGGAUGAAAUUGCUAAACUAUACUCCUACUCCAGUAAUUAGGGUCUUCUUUUAACUCUUUCAAAAAGGAGCGCAACUGCUAUUGCAUUUUUGUUUUGAAUUACGAUCAUCUUCAGUCAAUGGCCUCGGGAGGGAAUUGGGGAAACGAAGAGGAGUUGGAGCUGGUUAACGAGGAUGGCUUCGUCUACAAGCGUCGGAAGAAGUUUCAACUUGACCCAACCACCUCCGCUGCUCCCAAGCUCAAAGAUCCGGCAAUUGAGGAGAAGAAUCGACUGCAAAGGAAGAAAACGGCGCUCAUCAAAAUCAAAGACAGAUACCAAAACGAGAUCAACCAAUGGGAACUUUUAUCAACAACAUUGACUGAAAUGCAGCAAAAUCAGCCAAAACUUCACGAAAGGGACACUGUAUCAUUCGACUCCCGUGAUCCGCCGGCCAUGUCAUCGGAUCCCACUUGCCAACCCCUUGUUGAUCAGCUCCUUACUCAGGUUGAAGCACAGGAGGCUGUAAUUGGCAACAUAUCAAAACUUUGCGAUGUUGUUGAAGCUGUCUGGACUGCACAAGAAGAAAAAAUGAAACAGUCAGUUUUGGACCUUCCAAUCUGGGCACACACACCUGGUGAACUUAUUUCUUCCCUAUGUGCAGAUUGAGUUCUGCAAGAGAAUUUUACCAGAGAAAAAAUACGUUUCUGUGGUGAACUUGCCGACCAUAUAAUUUUAAGUUACUAAAUUAACCUGUGUUGAUUGUACAAAGUGACUCCAGGACAAGAAGUACUGAAGAUCAGCUAUGACACUGGGUUGCCUCAAUUCUUUUUUCCAGAGAAAAGAUUAUCUAACUCAUGUUAAUAUGGAUAGGCAAAACGAUAUGCCAUUUUACUCUAUAGUUUUGUUCUUUCAUGUAGAUCAUCUUUAUGGUUGUCAAACGUCAUUUUUAAGGGACGUAUGUUGAUCCUAGAUAUGUUGCCCUUAAUGAUGAGCUGAUAUUUAAGAAUGAAAAGUGAGUGAGAAUCAACCA